GGGUAAAUUUACCAAAAUACCCUGACUGUUCCCUAUGAAUCUGAGGCCUAACGCCUCACCACACACACAACCUUCAUAGGGCACACAACAAGCGAAGGAGGCGAUUAAUGUAUACCAGCGGCAACGACAUCUGAGGCAGCUUCGCAAAGGCGAUCGGCACCGGAGUACGCAUCUGCGGUGUCGAAGAAGACUCGCGAACAAGUCGGCAAAUCGAACGGUUGGCUCGUACGUUGGCGGCGACGAACAAGAACAAACCCUCUCAAACACCACCGAUCUUCAGAUAAACAAGGUAUGUGCCAAGUUCAGGAAAAAAACUUUGGAACAUCGUGACUUGAUGGAGACGGUCUUCAUGGGAGCAUCAGCUACUAGUAAGCACCAUUGGACCCCGGGAGAGAAACUUGCUGAAGAUGCCGAUGACUCAUCUGAUUCUGUGCGCAGUUUGGGAGCACAGCCAUUUGCUGAUCCGAUACCCGCAGAAGUACAAGACGUGGAUUCAGAUUCUUCACUGGAACCGGUUGUGGUUGAAAAGGGAAAAAGGAGAAAGACGCAAUUAACAAGUGUUUCAAAGUCCAAGAAGACAACAAGUGGAGCGUCAGUUAUUGCAGAAAGCAUGAACAAUCUAACAGAUGUGGUGCGUACCAAGAAUCAACAGGUCACGGUAAGGCACCUCACAAGUAACGAAUCACUGUACACUAUCUCGGAGUGCAUGCAUCGGCUGACGACUAUUCCAUCCCUUAUUGGUACACCGCUAUUUCAUUUCGCCUCGACACUUAUGGAUAACGCAGAUUACCAGGAGGUGAUGAUGUGCCAGCCUAAUGACAACCACAUUAUAGGAUGGCUUACACAGAAGCAACUCUAG